CUCAGUUCGCAAAGAUACGACGACGACGACGGCAGAAAUAGCAACACCAAACAGAAAAAGAAGAAAGAAAAAAAAACUCAGUCGUCAUUCACUAGUGCCAAAGCAUAAUAAUAAGUACGGAGACAUUGAAAGGGAAUGUUCGAUAGUGAACAACAACAACGACGACAGCGGCGAGACACUGCACAAAUUUUAAAAUCAUUUCGAAUUUGAAUUUAGUUGAUCGGCAUUCGUUUAAACGGAGUGAACCCAAAAAUUGAAGUGCGCGCGCAUAUUAUCUUUUCUCUAGAUAAAAUAAUAAAACAUUUGGUGUGCCACAUUAAUUAAACAGUGAUUUUUUGAAAUUUUGUUUUUCUUGCACACAUAAAUCCAAACAGUUAAUAAAGAUAUUUUCAGAUACAAAACAUUCGAUCAAUUUUAUCCAAAUAUUUUCAACGGUUUUUUUUUACAAACGGAAAACUUUAUUGUGAAUUCUUGUGUGUGAUUUUUCUUCAUUAUUGAUGAAAUUCGGUUUAAAUUGUUUCAAUUUGCUUCGAUAUAAACGUGUUGCACUGUUUAACUUUUUUUGGACAGAAUUAAAGUAGAUUGAGAGAGAUAAAAUGGAUUUACUUACUCAAAAUAUAGCGUCGCCUAAGGUUAACACAAUCGUUAACUCAGAUUUAACGGCAUCGUUCGUCAAUAACAACAACAACAACAAUAUCAAUAACAUCAACAAUCAAUUAAUCAUGGACGAAGAAUUGUCUACUCCAAUUCAAAAAUUUUAUGACAAUUGCAAUAUAUUUAUAACAGGCGGAACAGGAUUUUUGGGAAAAAUGUUGAUCAAUAAAUUGCUGACGGCAUGCUCUUCCAUCGAUACCAUUUAUUUGCUGGUUCGAAAUAAAAAAGGCAAAGAUGUGCAUUCUCGCAUUGAGGAGAUAUUUGAUGAUCCAAUUUUUGACCUAAUGAAGCGUAAAGUACCGAAAUUUCGUCGUAAAGUUCAAGGAAUUCCCGGAGAUUGUAUGCAACCAGGGUUAGGUUUGACAUCGGCCGAUAAACAAUUACUGGUGAAAAAAGUUAAUAUCGUAUUCCAUAUGGCGGCUACCGUUCGUUUCGAUGAAAAGCUCAAGAUCGCAAUGCAAAUCAAUGUUCAAGCUUGCAAAGAUGUCAUGCAAAUUUGUAGCGAAAUGCUUGAAUUGAAGAGUAUUGUUCAUGUUUCAACCGCCUAUACGCAAUGUCCACAGCGUUAUAUUGAAGAGAAAUUUUAUCCACCACCGUUAGAUUCUGGUGAAAUGUUGAUAUUAACCAAAUGUACAUCAGAUAAAUUACUUGAGUGCAUCACACCUGUUCUAUUAGAUAAAUGGCCAAACACAUACACAUUCACAAAAGCAAUUGCAGAAGAUGUUGUCCAUCAACAUGGUGCUGGUUUACCAAUUGGCAUGUUCCGUCCGGGCAUUGUAAUUUCAACAUACAGAGAUCCUGUGUCAGGUUGGAUUGAUAAUUUCUAUGGUCCAACUGGUGCGAUAGCCGGUGCUGGAACGGGUGUAAUUCGUACAUUGCGUGCAAAUCCAAGUGCUGCAGCUAAUAUGGUGCCAGUCGAUUUAUGUGUAAAUGGUAUUAUCGCAACCGCAUGGAAUGUUGGUGAACGAUAUGCUGAGAAAAUUUGCCCAAUGACCGAUAUACCGGUUUACAAUUUCUGUACAUCGCCUACAAAUCAACUCACAUGGGGUGAUUUCACAAUUAAAACAACAAAAUAUGGUCUCAUGUAUCCAACAUUAAAAUCGAUGUGGUAUUUAUGCUAUGCAAACAAUCCAAACAAAUUCAUGCAUUUAGCAUCGAUCCUCUUCUUACACUAUUUGCCGGCCCUGUUGGUAGACACAUUCGCAAUUUGCAUUGGAAAGAAACCGAGAUUAUUGAAUACAUACAAACGAAUUCACCGAUUCAUGCAUGUCAUUGAAUUUUUUGCAAUGCGGCAAUGGGAUUAUCAGCAAGACAAUUUAAUCGAAAUGUGGAAUAGCCUAACAGAAAAAGACAAAGAUGUAUUCUUUUUCGAUAUGCGAAAACUCGAUUGGGAUCUAUUUUUGCAACAUUAUUUCCGUGGAAUUCGACAGUAUUUGCUCAAAGAUCCAUUGGAAACUAUUCCAGAAGCACUUGUACGAUGGAAUCGGCUGUAUUGGCUUCAUCAAGUCGUAAAAGCGGUGGUGUUUGUAGCUAUAUUGCGGCUUGUCUGGUGGCUGAUGUCAUUAUUCAUAUAGACAAUCAAAUUUGAUUAACAGUUUGCUUGCUUUCCCGCAAGCCGUUUUAUUAAUUAUUAUUAAACAUAAGAGAUUACAUUUUUCAAAUUUUUU